AUCCCAAACAAACAAGGGCUAUGUAGGAACACCUUCUUCUUAAAUACUCAAAAAGCCCGUCAAGCAAACUCAUUUUUGUUUGCCAUUGGACAGUGUAUAUACUGUGUCUCUGUGCGUUGCUUUGCUUUUCUUGCUUGAAAGAGAGAGAGAGAGAGAGAGAGAGAGAGAGAGCGCGAAGUGGGUUUUUGAGCUAUGGAGGAGUCGUUUGGAGGAGCAUCGUUGCCUUCAGGUCCAGACGCGAAGAAGCGGAUAGUGAGCUACUUCUACGAGCCCACGAUCGGCGAUUACUACUACGGCCAAGGCCACCCGAUGAAGCCCCACAGAAUCCGAAUGGCCCACAAUCUUAUCGUCCACUACGGUCUGCACCGUCGGAUGGAGAUCAACCGCCCUUUCCCCGCCGCACCUUUGGACAUCCGCCGCUUCCACUCCGAGGACUACGUCGAUUUCCUCUCCUCCGUUAGCCCCGAGACCCUUGGCGAGAUCGUCUACUCUCGCCACCUCAAGAGGUUCAAUGUCGGCGAGGACUGUCCGGUCUUUCAUGGUCUCUUCGGUUUCUGUCAGGCCUCCGCUGGUGGCUCCAUUGGUGCCGCCGUGAAGCUCAAUCGCGGCGAUGCCGAUAUUGCCAUUAAUUGGGCUGGUGGGUUGCACCAUGCUAAGAAGUCUGAGGCCUCUGGUUUCUGUUAUGUUAAUGAUAUUGUUCUUGGUAUUCUCGAACUUCUCAAGGUUCACAGGCGUGUACUGUAUGUGGAUAUUGAUGUCCACCAUGGAGAUGGUGUUGAAGAGGCAUUUUACACCACUGACAGAGUGAUGACUGUGUCUUUCCAUAAAUUUGGGGAUUUCUUUCCAGGUACUGGGCACAUUAAGGACACUGGGGCAGAGGGUGGGAAGAGUUAUGCCUUGAAUGUCCCACUAAAUGAUGGACUGGAUGAUGAGAGUUUCCGUGGUCUGUUUCGGCCAAUCAUCCAAAAAGUCAUGGAGGUGUAUCAGCCAGAUGCAGUUGUUCUUCAAUGUGGAGCAGAUUCAUUAUCUGGUGAUCGCUUGGGCUGCUUCAACUUGUCUGUCAAAGGCCAUGCUGAUUGCCUUCAUUUCCUAAGAUCCUUUAAUGUCCCUUUGAUGGUCUUGGGUGGGGGAGGAUAUACAAUAAGGAAUGUUGCUCGCUGCUGGUGCUAUGAGACAGCAGUUGCAGUUGGGGUUGAACCGGAUAAUAAAUUGCCAUACAAUGAAUAUUAUGAAUAUUUUGGCCCAGAUUACACUCUGCAUAUCGAGCCCUGCAACAUGGAGAAUCUAAACUCUCACAAAGAUAUGGAGAAAAUAAGGACUACACUAUUGGAGCAACUUUCUAGACUACCACAUGCACCCAGUGUACCUUUUCAGACAACACCAUCAACUACCCAAGUUCCUGAAGAGGAAGAAGAGGAUCUUGAUCGAAGACCAAAGCGUCGCAUUUGGAAUGGUGAGAGUUAUGAUUCUGAUCCUGAUGAAGACGAAGAUUUAAAACCUCGGAAUAGAAGCUCAAGUACUGUUAUUCAGCCACUCACUAACACUGAGAUGAGGGAUGUUAAAGAUGAGAUGGAAGAAGAUAAACCAGAAGAUUUUCGAACAUCUUGACACAUAGAAUGCUGUUAUUUAACAGUUUUAAGUAUCUUGAUCACGAAGAGAGCUUGAUCUACCAAAGAUUUUUCUAGAUGGGUAUGCACUGAAAGCAACCAUCAAUGCCUGCUCGUUUGGAAGACUUAAUUGAAAAUUCAUGAAAAAAAAAAAAAAAAAAAGCUGCAUUCGUUAGAUAGGUGGCCAUCAUACUUGUAAUUUGCAGAAAAAAAGAUUGAUUAAUACAGAAGUGGUUCCAUUUAUUAUUAUUAUUUUUA